CGCGCCGUUCUAAACUCUUCCUUGUUUGUUUAUAGUGCGCCGAAGCAACUUGUCAAGUUGUAUAGGUGAAUUCACUUUGGAAGAGCACUGUGAAGCAGGUCUGAUAUGCCACUUGAAUUAAUAAAAGAAGUCAAUGGGGUGCCUGAAGUUGAUCUUCUCAAUAAAUUACAUAAAGUAGAUUUUAGAUCUCUACAGCCAGAUUGUGACUAUAGCAAGAAAUAUAUCCAGGGGAAACUUGCAUUUAUCUCUACUUUAACUUAUGGAAACAGAACAGCUGUUUUGAAAAUUGGACUACAAGAACUGGAAAAUUCAAAUUCAGAAACCAGUACUAUAAAUAUAUUAUUUUUUGGAAAAUUAGCAAAGGAUUGUUCAAAAGUUUUCUAUAAAGGGGAUACUAUUGCAGUAACUGGAUUUAUUGUUCUGUCAGCAUCUUCAUCUACAAGCAGAGAUGGGAAAAGUUGUUUAUUUUUGAAAGCAUUUGAGGACUUAAAAUCAACUGUGUAUGUUUAUGUUAAACCUGUAAGAGAUUUUUCUACAGAAUCAAUGUCUUUGAUUUCAGCACCACAAUAUAUAUAUACCCCACUAAACCAACUUAAGAGUGGUAUGAUCGUAAAUGUCUAUGGUGUUGUGAAGUUCUUUAAGCCUCCAUAUCUAAGCAAAGGAACUGAUUAUUGCUCCGUUAUAACAAUUGUGGAUCAAACAAAUGUAAAAUUAACGUGCCUACUCUUUAGUGGAAAUUAUGAAGCCCUUCCAAUAGUUUAUAAAAAUGGAGAUAUAGUUCGCUUUCAUAGGCUGAAGAUCCAAGUGUAUAAAAAUGAGACCCAGGGUAUCACCUGCUCUGGCUUUGCAUCAUUGACAUUUGAGGGAACUUUGGGAGCUCCGGUCAUACCUCGCACAUCCAGCAAGUUCUUUAACUUCACCUCUGAGGACCACAAGACAGUAGAAGCCUUGCGUGUUUGGGGAUCUACUCAUAUCUCACCUUCUUCAACAUUAGUAAAAUUGUGUGAUGUUCAGCCCAUGCAGUACUUUGACCUGACUUGUCAGCUCUUGGGCAAAGCAGAAGUGGAUGGUGCAUCAUUUCUUCUAAAGGUAUGGGAUGGCACGAGGACACCAUUCCCAUCUUGGAGAGUGUUAAUACAAGAUUUUACUCUUGAUGCUGAUUUAAACCAUCUUCAUCGACUACAGAAUCUGACCGUAGACAUUGUAGUCUAUGAUAACCAUGUUCAAGUGGCAAAAUCUCUAAAGGUUGGAAGCUUUAUUAGAAUUUAUAGCCUCCAUACCAAACUUCAGUCAGUGAAUUCAGAGAACCAGGCAACAUUGUUAGCUCUAGAGUUUCAUCUCCAUGGUGGCACCAGUUAUGGUCGGGGAAUCAGAGUCUUGCCGGAAAGUAACUCUGAUGUGGAUCAGCUCAAGAAGGUUUUACAGUCUGCAGAUUUAACAGUCGCUCAGUGCUCAGAGGGUAUCUGUCAAACAGAACUUGAGGACAGCUUUCCAACUGUUUCAAGCACUGGAUCUGUAUCACUAUAUGAGGUUGAAAGAUGUCAACAAUUAUCAGCAACAAUUCUUACAGAUCAUCAGUUUUUGGAGAAAACCCCACUAUGUGCUAUUUUGAAACAGAAAGCUCCACAACAAUAUCGCAUCCGAGCAAAACUCAGGUCAUACCGGCCCAGACGGCUCUUUCAAUCGGUUAAACUUUAUUGUCCUAAGUGUCAUUCACUGCAAGAAGUUCCACAUGAGGGUGAUUUGGAUAUAAUUUUGCAAGAGGGUGCAACAAAACCCCCAAAUAUUAGACUACAAAAUACAUCAUUAUAUGAUUCAAAGAUGUGGACUACUGAAGAUCAAGGAGAACGACAAGUAGCUAUUCAUUUUGUGAAAAAUAAUGGUAUUCUUCCACUUUCAAGUGACUGUCUAAUUUUGAUAGAAGGUGGUACACUCAGUGAAGUCUGCAAGCUCUCAAAUCAGUUUCAUAGUGUGAUUCCUGUGAAAUCCGGACACGAAAAACUGGAACUCUUAGACCUGUCAGCACCAUUCCUUGUACAAGGAAAUCUACGUCACUAUGGAUGUAAACAGUGUUCUAAUUUGAGACCAAUACAAAAUCUAGAUUCUUUGGUUGAUAAAGUAUCAUGGAGUCCUUCUUCUGUGGCAGAAGUGCUUGGCAUUGUACCCCUGGAGCAUGUAUUUGUGAUGACAUUUACUCUUGAUGAUGGAACAGGAGUACUGGAAGCAUAUCUCAUGGAUUCUGACAAAUUCUUCCAGAUUCCAGCAUCAGAAAUUCUGUACAAUGAUGACCUCCAGCAAAGUUUGGAUAUGAUCAUGGAUAUGUUUUGUCCCCCAGCAGUAAAAAUUGAUGCGUAUCCAUGGUUGGAAUGCUUCAUCAAGUCAUAUAAUGUCACAAGUGGAGCGGAACAGCAAAUUUGCUAUCAGAUUUUUGAUACUUCAAUUGCAGAAGAUCUUAUCUAACAUUGCCAUUCAACUUAGCGCAUGUAAUAUAUUGCAAUUUUAGAAAACAUUCCUAUUUUCUACAAAAUUGCUUUAAAACGUAAAGGAUUUAUCUCCCUUGUUUGUUUCCCAGUUUAAUCACUGUAAAAUAUUUUUGACAGACUUUAUGUUUAAGACCUUUUUCUCAGUUCAAAAUGUUCCUCUUGCUGAAGCUAUUCAGUAUGAUGGCUUCUAGGGCUAUAAAAGAAAAUUUACUGAAUAAAUACUGACUGUCCCCAUUUGCUCUUUGCAGUCCUUCCGGGGAGCUGUCUUGUUUCCCUACACUAAAGAUCACGUCACUAUUGGUCACAGCAUAUGUCAGUCUCAGAUUUCUCUUCUAUCAUCCCUGAUUACACUGCUUUUCCUGACCUGAUUAUUUUUUUAAUCAGCAUUAUUGGUGAUUGUAUGCUUACAAAUUAGAAAAUGCUCUUACCUCAAAUCUCUCAGCUUUUACUAACAUGUGUCUAGUUUUUUAGUUGUGUCUGUGUAUGUGUGUUAGACAAAGGAAUUUACUUAAAUAAUCCUUAAAGUGCUUGUCUGAGUUAGAUUCAAUGCACUUAGUACUGUGAUUUAUUUUAAAUGGCUAUGCAGAAUUUGCUUUCUUUCAAUGCUGAAUCUUCAUGUUGAUCAUUUCUUCAUUUUUUAUAAACUCCCAUAUUGUUUUCAUUUUGGGUUUCUUCUAACUUUCAGUUUUGCACAAGAAGAGUUGCAUCACCUACUAUUUAUCUUGGGGUGGGCUGAUAUAUGCACUUUAUUCUACAGGAAUGUGUGGAGAAUUCUUUUUCUGGAACAAUUAAAGAGUUGUCUAUUAUUCCCAGAUUUGAAUCCCAUCUCCUAUAUUGUUCUUGUGAAUAAUGAUUGAAUCUUCUGAUCAGAUUUUAAGUAACUUAAAUAUAGUUUGUGUCAAUCUCAUUCUGUUUCUAGUCUCCACAGCAUCAUUGUUUCAGACACUACAGGAGCAUUCUCCAGUAAUCCAUACACAGCUUUGGGGCAGAGAAUGCUUAUCUUAGAAAGGCUCUGCUUGGCUGAUUAUUCUUUGUCUAGAUAUAUCAGUGAAAAGUACACUGCUCCCAGGUUCUUUCUGUAACCAACCUCAAUUUAUACAGCUGCCAUUGGAGGACCUGUAUAUCUCGAGAUGCUGAGCGUUAUUCCUCAUCUCUCAUUUACUUGGGAUCAUGAUGCACAAUAGAAAAUGUUACUAAAUGAGUGUAGAGAGACUGGCAUUGGUGGAACAGAGAAAGCUGAAUACAUCACUUUCUGCCUGAGAAGGAAAUUCCUACACAAUAGUGUAAAUCCUGUGUAACAGUUCCUUGCAGGUCAGAGCUGCCUGUGCUGUUCUGUUUCCAAAGUCUAAGCAUGUUUUGUUUCAAUCUAAUCAACUCUAUACUUAUUUGGAAGCUUUCCUUGGUAUUUGAGGAGAGAGGUAAGCUAGAUUCUUUUAAUUAUUUUCAAUAUUGUUUUGAAUUUUGAUGAAGUCUACAGUUCAUCAAGUUUUGUUUUUAUCCAGAAAAAAAAAAAUACAUACUUGCAAGAAUUUGAAAAAACAAAGCAUAUAAUGCUGAAUUUCUGAAAUAGCAGAAAUAAACCUAGAGAAACCCAUUUUUAGCAGAUUGGUGUAUAUUCCAGACUUUUCUCUAAGAACCUAUGAGUAUGUAUAUGUAUAUAUACAUCUUUAGUAGCAUCCAUGGUAUAAAAUGUAUUUCUGAAGCUUGUUUUAUAUACAGACUUUUUAAAAAAGGAGUACAAAUAGAGAAGAAACUUGUUUGCUUUUGCUUAGCAUAGGUAACUUGUUAAUGGGUAAAUCUCAGAUUAUUUUACUUUUUAUUUUUGUAACAGCUUUGGUCUGUUUAAAUGUUCUAUUAUUGGUGAAUUUUGAGAUUUAUAUUUUUUUAAAGAUUUGUUUAUUCAUGCAUACAGAACUGGGGUGCAGGGGCGGU